AUGGACCGGUUCGCGUGGGCCAGCGGCCUGCUGGAGAUGAACGAGACCCUGGUGAUCCAGCAGCGCGGGGUGUGGCUCUACGACGGGGAGGAGAAGGUAAAGUUUGAUACUGGGGUAUUGCUACUUAGCACACACCGACUGAUCUGGAGAGAUCUGAAAAAUCAUGAAUGCUGCAUUGCUAUCCCUCUUUCUCAGAUUGUCUUCAUUGAAGAGCAAGCAGCUGGGAUAGGAAAAAGUGCCAAAAUAGUGGUUCAUCUUCAUCCAGCUCCUUCAAACAAAGAGCCUGGCCCGUUCCAGAGCAGCAAAUAUUCCUACAUCAAACUUUCUUUCAAAGAACAUGGUCAGAUUGAGUUCUAUAGACGGUUGUCAGAAGAAAUGACACAGAGGAGAUGGGAGAACAUGCCUGUGUCUCAGACCAUUCAAAUUAACAGGGGUCCACAGGCAGGAAGAAUAAGGGCUGUAGGAAUUGUAGGUAUUGAGAGGAAAUUAGAAGAGAAGAGAAAAGAGACUGACAAAAACAUUUCUGAGGCUUUUGAAGAUCUCAGCAAGUUAAUGGAAAAGGCUAAGGAAAUGGUGGAGUUAUCCAAAUCAAUAGCUAACAAAAUUAAAGAAAAACAAGGUGACAUCACGGAAGAUGAGACUAUCAGGUUUAAGUCUUAUCUGUUGAGCAUGGGUAUAGCUAACCCAGUUACCAGGGAAACACAUGGAUCUGGCACACAUUACCAUAUGCAACUGGCAAAACAACUAGCUGGAAUACUACAGGCACCACUAGAGGAACGAGGGGGAAUAAUGUCACUUACAGAGGUGUAUUGUCUAGUAAACCGGGCUCGGGGAUUGGAGUUGCUCUCUCCAGAAGAUUUAGUAAAUGCUUGUAAGAUGCUAGUGGCACUGAAAUUACCCCUAAGGCUUCGUCUAUUUGACAGCGGUGUAAUGGUGAUUGAGCUCCAGUCCCACAAUGAAGAGGAAAUGGUGGCUUCUGCUUUAGAGACAGUAUCUGAAAAGGGUUCUCUUACAGCUGAAGAGUUUGCCAAGCUUGUGGGGAUGUCUGUUCUUUUAGCCAAAGAGAGGCUGCUUCUAGCUGAAAAGAUGGGCCAUCUUUGCAGAGAUGAUUCAGUGGAAGGCUUGAGAUUCUAUCCAAACUUAUUUAUGACACAAAGUUAA